CGAUCUGUCACUCUCCCUCUCGUUUUUGCACGCACGCGGCACGCCCCUCCCUCUCUUUUGCAGCAAAAAAAGAAGCUCAGCUUUCACUGCAAUGGCCAAUGAGCAGAGUAGUGCUGUGAACGGAGACACUAUGGAAAAGCAAAAAGGCAUCCAAAUCUCCGUGCUUGAUGAUGAUGAUGAAGAACAAAAUGAACAACAGCAAGAAGAAUAUGCUACGGAUGAAUUUGAUGAUGAUGAUGAGGAGGAAGAAAAAGAAUUUGUGACUUUAGGUUUUGUGGAAAAGCCCAAGACUCGCUGGUCACUUCUCCGUCAAUUGUUUCCUAGCAAGGCUGGAGGCGUACCGGCCUGGUUAGAUCCGAUGAAUUUGCCAUCAGGAAAAUCUUGCGUUUGUGAUAUAUGUGGAGAACCUUUGCAGUUCUUGCUUCAGGUGUAUGCACCGAUCGAGAAAGAAUAUGCAUUUCAUCGAACAUUGUUUGUCUUCAUGUGUUUAUCAAUGAGCUGUCUUCGUCGGGAUCAACACGAGCAAUGGAAACGCCAUCCAGAGAAGCCUUCUAGAAGUGUGAAGGUUUUUCGUUGCCAAUUGCCUCGCUUUAAUCAUUUCUACCCAAGUGAGCCCCCAAGACACGAUGGGACUGACAAACCCUCUGGAGCUGGAGCUGCACUUUGUAGUUGGUGUGGUACUUGGAAAGGAGAUAAACUCUGUAGUAGCUGCAGGACUGCUCGUUAUUGCUCAGAGAAACACCAGGUCAUGCAUUGGCGCUCUGGUCAUAAGAUUGAUUGUCAACGGAUGAUUAUUUCUUCCGACUGCCCCAACAAAAAUGGAGCUACUUCAGCAAAUUUACAAAAAGCUGUGAGCAACACUCUAUGGGCAGAAUAUGAGAUGAUAAUUGAGAAUGAAACUGAAUUCAGCACAGAAAUGGUCGAGAAUAAUGCAUGUACUAAUUCAUUGAUCUCCAAGGAAAAAAUUGAUGAUACAAUGAUGUCACAUAUCAAUAUUGAGGGUGAUGAAGACAAAAAAAGUUGGGCCUCUUUCCAGGAGUGCAUAGCCAAGGCCCCUGAACAAGUAUUGAGGUAUUGCAGGGAUGGUAGCGCUAAACCCUUAUGGCCCAUGUCAAGUGGCCGGCCAUCAAAAGCUGAUAUUCCAAAAUGCAAGUACUGUGGUGGCCCGCUGUGUUUUGAGUUUCAGAUCUUACCUCAGUUGCUGUAUUACUUUAGUGUGAAGGACGAAGUUGACUCUCUUGAUUGGGGGACUAUUGUUGCAUAUACUUGCGAAGCCUCUUGUGAGGGGAAUGUUUCUUACAAAGAGGAAUACGCUUGGGUUCAACAUGCUACUCUACCUUGAUAGUUAUUUAUCUUUUUACUGAUUUCCUAUAUUUCUUUUUCUAGAUAUUAGCUUAUGUUCUUUAACUGAAAAGUUGAGAAAGAAAAGAAUUUACUUAUUUUACUGUCUAUUUAAGCGAUAAGACAGUAAUUUAAAUCUGCCAUGGAAUUAUGUUCUAUAAAAUGAAAUUUUGCCACAAAAAAAAGGUGAGUAGAUGUUUCAUGUUGAUUCUCCUCAGUCAUUUGGUGUGCUGAUGUUUAAUUUUUUGUUUGUAGACCGUGUUGAAUCAUAGAAGGGACUUCUCUGACCUCAACCAUUGUAAUAAAUCUUUGGCUUAUUCAUUUAAAUUCUUUAUUUCUUCCAAAUGCAGAAUGUCUUUUAUCAUUUUCUCC